CAACCCAGCUGUAUGUGUAUUAUCUUAAUCUAUUUGCCAUAAACAAUAACAUAUUCUAAUUCUCGAACUCAAUGACUUUUUAACUAUACCAGAAGUGAUGUUGAUCUGUGAUUGUUGCACAAAAUUUGGAAUGUGUUAAAUAAGAUUUGUUCCUAAAAUUGUUCGAUUGUUUAUUACAUUUAAAUGCCUUGAGUAUUCGCAGCAACAAGUGAAAUCUUUAUUCAGGUGCUUCUGUUCAUCGGCUACUAAUUUCUUUAAAAAAAAGUCGGUGUAAAGCGACAAUUAACAGUUUCUAUUGUUUUUACCUUUCCUAUUGUGCAACAACGUGAUCGAAAACCGUUUUAUAGUCAUUAACAUGGAUGAAAUAAACGAUUUCUUCGACAUGACCAAGGAAUUCAAAAGGGAAGUUUUACCGGCGGGCUAUGUUAACGCUAUACCCGUUGCUAAAGUUGAAAAGAAUGUCGCCAAACGGAAAUUCAUUGGAAAAGAAUUCGGUGAGGAAUAUCGCCGCGAGGAAUUGGAACAAUUGAAGAAGAUGGCUGAAAUAGAGACAAAACUGCAGUCCACUACCUUGAAAAGCGGAACUGUCGAAGACAUCGAGAGCAUAAUAGAUGAUAGACAGCGCGCUGAAAGUUCUGUUGGCGAUGAUGUGUACAGCAAAUAUGAUUUUCAUCGUAUCCUGCCAGACCUGCCGAUCUUGGACUUGAAGGACCAUAUUUUACAAACGAUUGAAAAACAUUCAGUCGUCAUUUUGGAAGGAGCAACUGGCUGUGGCAAAACUACGCAGGUCCCGCAAUUUAUAUUAGACCAAGCGCAUGAUAAUCAACAAAAGGUCAACAUUGUCGUGACACAACCACGACGAAUUGCCGCUAUUUCGAUAGCCAACCGAGUGUCGUCUGAGAGAAAUCUACCGAAACCGCCACACGUAAUCGGUUAUCAGAUUGGACUGAAAGUGAUGACCAACGAAGACACCCGUAUAACAUUCUGCACAACUGGCGUUCUAUUGGAGAAAUUGGUUGCGAGUAAGACGUUGGCCAAUUACACUCACAUAAUACUGGAUGAAGUCCAUGAGCGCAGUCAAAACAUGGACUUUCUGUUCAUCGUACUUAAGCAACUGCGACAUACAGCACCCCAUGUCCGAAUAAUUCUAAUGUCGGCUACAAUCGAAGCUAAGGAGUUUGCAGAGUACUUCAGUUUCUACUGCGGUGGUCCUGCAGGUGCACUAACACCAGCUCCGGUAAUUAAAGUCGAUAAGAAAAGCAAUUACAAAAUCAGAGAGUUCUUUUUGGAUGAUCUUACUAAGCUCAAUGUCGACAUGAACAUGCCCAAUAUGAUGAAUCCGCUGAUCGAAGAUCACAUGUAUCUGACUGCCGUCAAGCUGAUCUACAUUGCCAAUCGAAUUGACUACACCGAUCAACUGCCUCCGCAUCAAAAGCCAACCGUUUUGGUCUUUUUGCCGGGCAUUUAUGAGAUUGGGGUGAUGACCAGACACAUCGAAGAAAGUGCGGCCAUAUUGAAAGACGACAAUAUUGUGGUGGUAUUACAUUCAAUGAUAAAGUACGAGGAACAAUUGAAAGCACUCAGAGCACCAACAGCCGGAAAGAGACUGGUUAUUCUGGCCACCAAUAUUGCCGAAAGUUCAAUUACCGUUCCAGAUGUUAAGUACGUAAUUGAUUUCUGUCUAACAAAAAACAAUGUCGUCGAUACGACGACUAAUUUCACGUCCUUGCAAUUGGAAUGGUGUUCACGAAGCAAUUGCCGUCAACGUGCUGGACGUACUGGCCGUACGAUGGACGGGCGUGUUUAUCGUUUGGUACCAAAACACUUCUAUGAGAAUCAAAUGGACGAGAGUAGCCGACCGGAAAUGUGCAGAUGUCCACUGGAAAAUGUUGUACUGAAGGCGAAGCAACUGAGCAUGGGACCGCCGUGUAAAAUUAUCGCCUUGGCAAUGGAUCGUCCGACAAUGUACGAUAUUCAAAAUACGGUACUGUUGCUGAAAGAAACGGGAGCAUUUCUGCGCACCUGUGAUGGAUAUUAUUCAGAUGAAGACGGCGAUAUGACCUUUAUCGGUCACGUUAUGGCGGUGUUACCCGUUGACAUUCACGUGGCUAAGCUUAUUGUUCUCGGAUACUGUUUCAGUGUCCUGUCCGAGUGCAUUAUCAUAGCGGCUGGCCUUACCACCAAAAGUAUUUUCGUUCAGGGGAUGAAGAAUGUCGUCACGUACUACUCGAAAAAAUUGGUCUGGUCUGAUGGUUCCGGCAGCGAUUUGUUUGCGAUCCUCAAAGCGUACAAAGCCUAUGUAGAUCGCAUGAACACACAUGGAACGGCCAGAAAUUGGGCGGAGCGAUAUUUCUUGAAUGAGAAAUCGUUAAUUGAAAUGACAAUGUUGAUCGAAGAAAUUACUCAAAGAUUGGAUCGGCUGGGAAUAAGAGAGCGUACAGGCGUGAAUCGAGCAAAGUGGAGCGAGGCCGAAAAGACGAUCAUAUUAAAGGUCGUCAUUGCAGGAGCCUUCUAUCCACACUAUUUUGUCCGGUCAUCUGAUGAGAUGGAAGAUCGUGAAACAUUCCGUACGAUCAACGGUCGUAAUCCCUGCACUACCGUUUUCUUUUCCGGCUUCGAAGAAAAGUACAUUCGACCGCUCUACGUUCAAAGCAUCAAGAGACUGCUUAAGCAGUGCACAAAUUCGCCGGAUAACAUUCAAGUCACCUUCGACGAAGGGAACGAAAAAGUUUUCGUCUCAUUCAAACAAACUAAAGCAUCCCUGGAAGCGAAUAUCGACCCUGAUCUCCAUUUUGUGGAAAUGGGUCCGGGACAGGUGGCAAUCGAAGUCUACAAAGCACUGAAAUUGAAAUCGGCCGGACGACCAUUGACUAUUAAGGUUAUGACCCCAGUGGAUGCACAGAAAUACGCCGACAGUAUGAAUAUUGGCACAACGGUCAGAGGCAAAUUCGAAUGCAAAAAGAAAACGAUCAAAAACAUAGAAAUGUUGUGCUUGCCCCGAAAGCAUGUAAAAGUGGUCACCGGCAAAAUUACUUAUUAUGACACCAGUUUCAACAGUUUCUGGCUCCGUUCCAUCGACGAGGAUAGUCUGUUCAACGAGAUACAGUCGGAGCUAAAUUCACUCAGCCGAGAGAUAGAAGAAUUUUCGCAUCAUAGCGAAAUUGAAGUGGGACAAGUGGUGGCUGCGAACUACAACGGAAAUUAUUACCGCGCGAAAGUUCUGUUGACUGUCCGGGGAACCAGCAAUGUUUUCUACAAUGUAAAAUUAAUCGAUAUUGGCCUCGAAGGUGAAGUGGCAUUGAGUGAAAUAAGACGUCUGCGUGGCUCAUCCGCCAAAUACAUUGACAUACCGCCAAGAGUAUUCGAAUGUCGGCUAGCCUGUCUGCAGCCGUCGGAAUUGCAUUCAACGCGUUAUGGAUGGGAGCCUACAAUGUUAGAAUUCAAGAAAUUGACUUCGGGCAAUAUUGUUCGCGCAGAGAUUUACUCCGUUGAAAAUGGUAUUGCCAGUGUAUUUGUGACGGUUCGAAAUCGUACAGUGCAAGACAUUUUAAUUGACGAAGGAUUGGCGCGUACAGCAGACGAAAAUUUCAUGUCUAAAGUUGAUCAUGACUUGAGAGUUCGGACUCAGGCGAAAAAUGACAGUCAGUAUGAGGAACAGUGUGACAUUAUUGCAGACGAGAUGCGUAAAAUGAUGCCAUUUGAGGAAGAAUAUGAUGUAGAAGAACCGGAUUCGUCAAAGCGUCAUAUCAACGUGACAUUGAAGGGACCGAAAAGUCCGUUACAAAGCACCAUUUAUACAUGUCUGCAUCAGGCGAAAAGUCAAUCUAAAAAGGUUGUCAUCGAACAAAACUCCGUUAAUUCGAUUUUAUUGGAGGCCAAUCCACAGGAUUCGUUUGAAAAGUACGUUAUCGCCGCCAACGUGACAGAAAAUCAAAAGAAAACCGAAUUGACUGCUCGUGAAACGUCUAUCAUGCCAAAUAUUCCCGGUUUCGGUGCUCUCAUGGCGCUUAUAUUCAGUCCUUACUGUGAAUUCUUCCGUGAUAAAUAUAAGUCCCGAUAUGUGGCCAUCCUUUGCGGAUUAGGCGAACAUCCCAUAAAUAAAAUGCCGAUUUUUGGUGAACAUGAUGCCGUCUUUAAUCUGGAUACUGAGAUUGAUGUGAAAGACAUCGAAAUUAUCAACACGAUUCGCUUUAUCAUGGACAGUUUGCUGCAAAUGAGACCGGAUGAAAAGUGUCCGAACAUCAACGACAAAGACCAGAACCAGUUGACGAUCCAAAUGAAAAAUGAAAUAAUCUCGCUUCUCGAAAGAGAACGACCACUUAUGGGCCUACCGUAUGACUUUGACAUUGGCUGGUCCAAGUUUUCUCCGGACGAAGCAGUCCGUGCUAAUGAUGUAUUCGGCACACAAGCCAUAUUUCCGUUCCACAACAUCCUCAGUUUGGCAGCUGCAGACUCACCGGAUAGAUUGAGCCAGCUGAAACUGCUAAUUGACAACAACAAGGAAAUGCAUCGACUCGCGAAAACCGAUGUGAGUUUGAGACGGCCAGUAAAAUGUAUGUUGUGUCACUUGGACUUGGAAAGUGUGUCGGAGAUCAAAAUUCAUUUGUAUUCUCGACUGCAUACGGAACGUGAGAAGAAAAUCUCAUUGCAAUUUUAGUGCAUUGCAUUUGGAAUUCCGGACUUCUUUUUUUCAUUUUUUUCUUUUUGUUACAUUUGAUAUAUUGAAAAACUUUAAUUUUUGUUAAGAAUUGUUGAAUGUUUUUGUUUUCUACUAAAGAAAGCAAUUUUGAUUACAUUGGACUGAAAAUACGAUCAUUAAAAA